GUGACAGUGACCGUAAACAGACGACGUUUUCCUGGUCUUCGUCUUUUCACCACAGACCCAGGCUACCCGUUUGUUUCAGUUUAAGGCUUUGGCUUUUGAGAAUUUCAUACGAUACGUGUUAACACUGCAGCAUCAAGAUGUCGUACAUGCUACCCCAUCUCCACAACGGCUGGCAGGUCGACCAAGCCAUUCUAUCCGAGGAGGACAGAGUCCUGGUUAUUAGGUUUGGCCACGAUUGGGACCCGACAUGUAUGAAAAUGGACGAGGUGUUGUACAGCGUAGCUGAAAAGGUGAAAAACUUCGCAGUCAUCUAUUUGGUGGACAUCACAGCGGUGCCGGACUUCAACAAGAUGUACGAGUUGUAUGAUCCGUGCACCGUCAUGUUCUUCUUCAGGAACAAGCACAUAAUGAUAGAUCUGGGGACUGGUAACAACAACAAGAUCAACUGGACCAUGGAGGACAAGCAGGAGAUGAUUGACAUUGUUGAGACCGUUUACCGAGGGGCGAGAAAAGGACGAGGUCUGGUCGUAUCUCCUAAGGACUACUCCACAAAAUACAGAUACUGAUUGGUUCUUCCCUUGUGAAGCCCAAUGGGAGCAAAUAUGUCCUUUCAUUAUGAGACUUUCUAGACAGCUGGACAUCAAAAAGGCUCAGAUCGAGGUGGCCUGCUCUAUUUUAUGUUAUAGCCAAGUUAUCUUUUUUCAACAGCAGUUAUAAAAACCAUAAUUUGGUCUCUUUGAUUUAAAUGUUAUGUUAUAUUUUAUAUUGCCAUUUAGUUAUCACUUCACAGCCUGUAUUCUUGGACCCAGAUUGAUUAUUAAGUGGAGGACUAGCUUCUUUCUCAAUAAGGAAUCUCCAUUGAAAGUGUGUUUUUAGUGUAGGACUAGGCUUAAUCUGGGUCUGGAAAAUUGGCCCAUAUGUUUAAUCUGUACGUAUAUGUGACUUGUUUCUCCUGAAAUGCUAUGGGUAGUGCUGUGAUGACAGGAAGAUAGAGGAAAGACUUGGAAUUAUUCAACCCCAUCGUAUUGUUUAUGAACAGUUGAAUAAACAUUUUGUUGUAUUAUAGAAAAAACGA